AUGACGGAAGUGAAAAUCACGACCUUGGAGAGACAGUUCGGGUUCAGCUCGAGUCAGACGGGGAUCAUCGUGUCGGCCAAUGAUGUGGGGUUCCUGGUCUGUGUUCUGUUCGUUAGCUACUCGGCCAGUCGGGUUCACAUCCCUAGAGCUUUAGGCCUCUCCACUGUGAUUUUUGGCGUUUCCGGUCUGAUAUGCGCAUUGCCUCACUUCAUCUUUGGUGUCCAGCAUAAAAUCCUGAGACCCGACAACAAUGGAACCACCCACAACACGUCAGACUUUGGCGCGCUCUGUUCUGUUAAUGUGACGUCAGAGCUCUGCGAAAACGACACCGAUUCCAGGUCUUCCAUUUCAAGUCACGUGGCUCCCGUAUCGCUGGUGAUUAUCGUGAUUGGUAUGGCGAUGCAAGGGAUUGGCAAGUCGCCGCGGUCAUCUCUCACGGUCAAGUACAUAGACGACAAUGGGAAGCGUUCAAACACUGGACUCAAUAUAGGCGUCAUCAUCACGACCUCCAUCGUGGGCCCGGCCUUGGCCUUUAUUCUAGGCGGGACCUUUACCCGGAUGUACGUCACUCUGCAAGAAACGACAUUGACACCAAAACACCCAAAAUGGAUCGGAGCCUGGUGGUUGGGUUACGUCAUAUUUGGAACUCUCUCCCUGCUCAUCGCCCUGCCAUUGUUCUUCUACCCCAGGCGGUUGCAGAAGAGAGAGGUGCCCCGAAAACCAGAGGGCAAGGUUCAAAUCUCGGUCAUAUGUUCUGAGAAAAGUAAGGACCUACCGGAGAAGAAAUCGGAUUUCAGCCCAGACGAUCAGCGAGAAAAGAAACACCCACACACAACUGGGGAGGGUGACCCUGUCAAAAUUAAAGCGGUUGCUCACCUCUUUAAAGAUUUUCUCAAGUCCCUACUCCGACUGUGGACCAACCCCGUCUAUGUGUGCAUCACGGGGUCGGCCUGCUGCAUGAUAUUCAGCAUCAGUGGGUCGUCGACCUUCACCCCCAAGUACCUGGAGAAUAUGUUCAACCUCCCGGCGUUCAAGACUAAUUAUAUUUUAGGAGGUCAGACAUUUGUGGCGGCUUGCUCGGGCGUCCUGCUGGGCGGGUACAUGUCCAAGAGGCUCAGGAUGACGGCGGUCACGGCACUGAGGUUCAGUCUGGUUGUCAUGACAACGGCAGUGGCGGCGGUCUUGACUGGGUUCUUCCUGCAGUGCAAGCAACCGACCGUCCACAACUGGCCGAGUGAGAACGUGACGUGUAACGGCGACUGCCUGUGUGACGACGACAGCUACUUUGCCGUGUGCGGCGAUGACGGCAAGACUUACUACUCACCGUGCACGGCAGGAUGCACGAACCAGCACAAAGGGGUGUUCUGGAACUGCUCCUGUAUUCCAGGUGGUAGUGCCAACACAGGCACCUGUGAUUACGGCUGUGGAGAGUUGUACAUCUACAUUCUGUUUAUCGGCAUCAGAAGCUUGUUCGCGACAAUGGCCAUAGUGCCAAAGAUUAUAGUGACUAUCAGGUGUGUGAAAGAUGAAGAUAAAGCCAUCGCCGUGGGGUUCGAAUCCUUCGUGACGUCACUAAUAGGCUGGCUACUUGGACCCAUUGUCCUCGGCUACGUCAUUGACGGAGUCUGCACUAUCUGGGACAUCCAGUGCGGGGUCAAAGGUCGCUGUCUGCUGUACGACCACCGCCUGCUUCAGCUGAGGUUCCACGCCUUCACCUCUAUCCCCAUGGCCCUCUCCGUGCUGUUCCUGUUGGUGGCCUACAUACACUGUAGGCGGACUGGAUUCUUGGGGGACAAAAAUACAGCGACACCGGACAAAAUCGGAAAGUUUUCUGAGACGGCGUUUGACCGGGAAGAGAUUAUUCUCACGUCUGCGAAGUCGAUUGAAAGUUUCAAGGACAACGAGAAAAUUAUUUUAGAGUCAAAAUCAAAAGGUGAUAAGUUAUAGCUUGAUUCUCAAAUUUAAAAAUGAAA